CGUGCGGCUGGUGUGUAAUGUUGAAAGAGGCAUUGGGUAGAAUCCGCCGCAUGUGAGAAUGGAUAGCAUGAAGUGGCACACAAACAGAAGCUUAGCCCUAAAACUAAAACUAGCUCAGGAUCGUUGAAUUACACUACAAAUCUCAUGUCUCGUCGAGACUCUGAUUCGAAGCGCUACCAUUCUAAGUUCGAUUCAGAAUCCAGUCCCAAGAGAUAUAGAAGGGAUGGAAGACAAGAAAGAGAAAGAGAGAGGGAGAGAGAGAAGGACAGAGUAGCAACAAAUGGAGGAGACCAUACGGAUCGGGACCAAAGACCCAAUUUGCUAAAUCGUUCUAAGGAAGUUAACAAAGAUGUUGCUGACAAGAAAUCAAAUGAUCAUAAUGAACCAUCCAAGCAUUCAUCUGAUCCUACUCAACCUCCAAGAUCCCACUCUUAUUAUCAGCAUGAUGAACGUGGUAAUGCUGGGCAGGUUGGUCGAAAUGCUGAUCGUAGGGAAGCUGGUGGAAAAGUCUCUUCUCAGAACAGAGAGUAUAAUGAAAAGGUGGAGACAGGUCAUAGUAGAGAGCCAAGAGAUGAGAAAUCACAUACUAAAUUGGAUGACAGUUUCCAGCGACGGGGUGGUUUUUCUGAGAGGAAAGAUGAGCAACCUACUACUACGAGGAGAAGGCCAGCAUUUAGGGAGAAGAAGAUUCCAGUGGAUUCAGGAGAAGUUAAUCCAGCAACAAGGAUGGUGGUAAAGGCUGUCCAUACUGACCAGUCUUCAGAAAGGAAUGAAAGGAAGGAAGAAAAAAGCAGCAACCCCAACCAUAUGGAUAGACCUGAGAAGCAAAAUGCAGAUGACAGAUUACCAAAUAGGACUGAAGCUAGGAGGGAUGGCUUUUCAUCAAGAGUUAGGUAUGGGGCCAAUGGAGGCAAUGGUAAUUACAGGGGAAGAGAUAGAUUCCACGGAAGACAGGGUUAUCAACCAACCAAGACCCGAGCAGAGAAGUGGAAACAUGAUUUGUACCAAGAGGUUAAUAAGGACCCUACGCCAAAGAACGAUGAUGACCAGAUUGCAAAGCUGGAAGCACUCUUGGCUUCAUGAUAUCUGAAAAAAUAACCAGUAUUUGAUAAGCUGUAAUGAUUGUUUUCUUGGAAAUCAUAGUUUAUUUCGUGUUUUGUCGAACAAUGUCAAAAUAUGACUUGCAACAUUUGCUGAUUUCGUUUUAUAAAUUACAUGUUGAGAGUUUA